UUUUCAUCAAACACUUUUGCUCUUUCUUGUAAAUAUUAUAAACUGUACAAUUAAAGCUAUGAUAAUUACUUUACAGGACGCCAUUGUUAGUACGCGUAGAAUAAAACUAGAAUGUCUAAUUUUGGUUGUGAUUUAGACGAUAUCGUCAGAUCAUACCUAUCUACACAUGACAUAUAUAAGCAGAAUUCAUAUCGCAAUACAAUUCUUCUAUCAGUUAUUAACACUGGAACAUCAAAUUUUAUUCAAAUUCUAAACAAUAUAUACGACGAGGGAGAUGACCCCGUUGAUCGCAAAAAUGUAUUGAACUUGUUACAUGAAGUGGUUUCAAGGACUGAAAAUAUUUUCGACUCAGGCCCUGUUUUAGACUUGUUAUUGAAAUGUUUAAAGCUAACUAUAUGUGUUCAAUUAUCUCUGGCUACAAUGAGAGCAGUGAUUGAACGACAUUCUAACCCUGGAGCACCUACGUAUUAUAAAGAUGUACAACAGUUCCACGACUCUGUAUCCCUUAAGAAGAUUUCUGAGUAUCCACAAAAGUGUCGAAUGGAUUAUUUAGUCAUUUCAGAUCACUUGGUGGACCUGUUCACUUCAGGGAAAAUAAAUAAAAUCAAUUUACGUCUCAUUUGUGAUGAGAUAUCAGGAGAAAGAGACCCUAGAAAUAUCCUUGUGAUGUUUGAUUUGUUAUCGAAAUUGGCAAGAAAUGUGGCGAAAGCACCUGAGGAUUUUGAGUGUAUUUCUAGGACAAUCUCAGUGUAUUACCCGAUCCAAUUUGAACCACCCGAAAAUGACACCAUUAAAAUAACUCCACUACAGUUAAAGAAGUCACUCCUAGCCUGCUUCAUCUCAUCUGACCAAUUGGGACCUUAUUCAAUGGAGACAUUGAUAGACUCGUUAUGCUCAGAGUUUAGUCUGAGCCUUAAUUACACAUCAGUGAUUUCAGAUACUUUGUAUUUCCUCAGAGCCUGUAAACCAGUUUAUCAAGCCUGUUUCAACAACUUUGUAGGUCAAUUAGUACAAAUCAUGAAAUUAGAACUCUUAGAUGAGAAUAAGAAGAUCCCAGAAGAAAGUGGCGAACCUUGUAGUGCAUUUGAGUUACCAUAUGAUGGCGAGGAUUCUGAGGAUAUUGAUCAACUAACCAUCCCAAAGGUAGUGGAAGUAGGCUCUAAAUACUACAGAAAAUGGAACUAUGUAGAUGAAAAGAUACAAUUAUUUGGUGAAAUAUUGAGGUUAUUUGUGGAAAUUAUACAUACAGUGGAGGAGGAACUCUUGAACGAGUUUCUUAAACUUAUAGCUGGAAACAUAUACUCUAACAACUCCAUAGGGUACCUGGUGGACAUUAUGUGUGAAAAUCACAAAGCACACAGUAAAGUCAUAGAAUUUAUAAUAGUUCCAGUGCUCAGGAAUGUUAUAAUCAAUGAAAAUAACACGCCACAUGAUGUAAAUAAUGUUCUGAACAUCUUAGUCAUGUUUAUUAUGCCUAAGAUACUCAUGAACUGUAAAUCACAAACAAGUAAUACCAAGUUAAUACAGUACCUCCUAUACCUAAUUGAUCCCAAGGAAAGUAAAUUAAACAAUAUCCUUCAAGUUGAUGUGGUUAUACAGAGAAAUGUACAGUAUUUGAAGCUUUUAACACUGUCUUCAUGUAUUAUAGAUAAUAAAAUCGCAGAUCAUUUGACUUCGUUUAUAAUUGAUAAGAUAUUUCAAUCACCACACAAUAUAUUUCUUAAUGAUAUUCAUGAUGAAGUUGACGAAAUGGUUACUGUAAACAACAAGGACCUGGAGGAAUUAUACUAUUUGGAAUGCUUAAUUUGUAUGUAUAAAUGCCAUAAUGAAAGAAAUUUAAAGAUUUUAACUUUCUUAAACAAUAUUUGUUCGAAGGUUGUUGAGAGUGAGUCUGAUUUUCACAAAUCAUUGUUGAGAAUUUCAUACCUUAGAAGAAGUGGAAAACAAAUUAAUAUAUUAAACAAAAUGUGUGAACUUUUCAAAGCCGUCUUGGAACACUCUUCAGAUAACUCAUCUGACAAUUCUCUGUUGGAACGAUUGGUUACAAACAUUUUAAAGAUUUCAUUCAAGGCAUUGAAGUGUUUGAUCGAUUCUAAAAGUGUAAGGAGUUUGAAUUCUCUAGAAGUUGUGCCAGGCAGUGAUGUUUUCAUUCCAUACUCUAGUUUGAUACCAUGUGCUUUUGAACAUUGGAAAAGCCUAAUAUUAAAUCUUUAUAGUAGAGAACAAUUGUUAGAAGAUCUUAAAAACUUGAUUCACCUUUAUAAAGAAUCAUUUUACAAUGAUGAAAAGAAUAUUAUCAGGCUUGUAUUCCUAACAUCAAGUGUUCCAAGGAUAAUUAAACACCUUAGUGAAGUUGUAGAAUUAGAUGUCGGUACUGUACUAGAUGAAGAUUUCAGAUUCCUUAACAUAUACAUGAAUAAAUGUAAUAAACUAAAGAGAUUGAAGAGUUUCCAAAUAGAAUUGGAUAGUUGUGGAAAUGGUAACGAGUUAUCAUUUCCAAACACAAUGGAGUUAAUGAACCUUGAAGCGGAGUUGAUAUGUAAUGGAUACUUUAAUAACUUUGAAAAUUUGAGCUCAUUUGUAUACUUUAACGGGUCUCUGCUGGUAAAAUAUGUUCUAAACAAGUAUCCCUUUGACAUUAAUACCUUAUUAAAACCAAUUAAAGUGGUUGAUAAUUAUAAGUUAAAGAACUUUGAUUAUGAAGAUUUGUUCCUCGUAAUCUUACCAAUUUCCAUAAACAGAGUCAAACCUAUCAUUAAACAUCAAAUAAUUGAUGUGAGAAAUAUAAAGCGAAGUUCUAAUGAAAAUAAUGAUUUAGUGAGGGAUGAACAGUUGUAUGAAUUCUUGAUGAGUAGAUUAAGGGAUGACAUUUGUGAUUUAGUACCAAAUUAUCAGGAAAUUCUGUUUAACCCUUUUUCAAAAAUUGAACUUUACAUUUCAUUGAUUUCAUUACUGAUUAACAAAGGAUUUGAGAGUAUAGAAGCUAAGUCUAUGGACGUAAUUAUCAAGGAUGUUAGGGAGAUUUUAAACAUUUUCAAAGAGAUUAGAGCAAAUAAUAGGGGUUACGGAAAUGAAAAAAACAACUUCGAGUGGGAUUUAACCGCUGAAUAUGUACAUUGGUGUUUUGACAAGUACUUAAUAUUACUUCAAGAGUUACUCUACGGAAUUUUUACUACACAUUCUUCUAAAGAGAAUAAAGUGUUUAAUCAGUUUUUUAAAGGAGAUUUAGAGGAAAUUUUGGAGGAUUUAAUCUCUGUGUACGAGGUGAACCAGGUCCCUUUUAGUAGAAUUUUGACAAUUUUAAUAAUUAACUCCGUGAUAAAAAUGGAAUCUGUGCCAAUUGACGCUAAAGAAAAGUUAAUUAAGAUGUCGAAGGUGUUUUUGGGUGACAGUAACAGGAAGGUAAGGAAUAUCGCAGUCUCGUGUAGACAAAAGUGGAUGAGCACUCUCCAGGAACAUUACACAACAAACCAGUCUUGA